CGAACAUCAGUGAAUUGCCGGUGUCGUGACACCGCCAUGUACAGAUUAUCCGGGACGAAAUUUCCAUGAACUAAGGAAAAAUGAUGUUGCACAGAUUUUCCCGAUUUGUUCAUUCAGCUGCACUGUUGGUAGAUGUUGGGAAAAUAUCCUCAAUUCAACCACAAACCUAUCAGAUCAGAAGACACUUUUUCAAAUAUCUAAACAGAGCUUUGAACAUAUUUGAUCGUGAGAGGUAUGAGGAAGUAGGAGGUGAUAGACUGUGUGCUGAAUGGGUGCUUAAGUGUGGCGGGCGACUUCGCUGGGCUGGUUCCCAUUCAUGGUUAUCUGACUACAACAGUCUGCCAUCAGAGUCAACAGAAGCAAAGCUGAAUGUACAGGAUGUAGAUGUUUCUGGAACAGUUGUCAUGAGUCAGGGGUUUGAGCAUUUUUGGUAUGUAAAAAACCUGAAGUCGUUAAAGCUACAUGACUGUAAAUACGUAGAUGACAACUGUUUGAAGCAGCUACAGAUCACAGCUUCUACUCUAGAACAUCUACAGAUCAGUGCCAACAAACAGAUAACAGACACUGGCUUGUUGCAUCUUGUAGAACUUGUAUGUUUAACAGACUUACAUCUCAAAGAUUUACCAAAAGUUAAAGACAAGAAAGAAACUUACGAAAAGCUACAGAAAGCCUUGCCAAACUGUGAUAUUAUGUAUCCAGAUCUUGAAAAUGUUUAAAUAAUAAAGGGAGACAAUAUGUAAGGAUUGAAUAGUGCUAUACAGUAGAUGAUUUUCUUGUAUUUUAACAAAAGAGAAUAAAUUUCAUUAUACUUCCAACAGGAUAUAUCAUGUGAUGGUACUGGUUGUCCCUCUGUCCGUAGAUUUGUUAGAAAUUUAUUUUCUGAUCCAUAACUUAAGAAUUCUUUGAUACAUAAUUUUUAUUGGCACAUUACUUAUGGGCAGCAAAUAACCCCUAUUGAUUUUGAGGUAAUUGAAUCAAAGGUCAAGGUCAGUGGCUGGUAGUACAGUAACAGUUUCCAUUCUGUAUCAUGAGAAUGUCUUCAACUAUGACCUUCAAACUUUACAUGCACAUCUGGUGUAAUAUAAUAUAUUGCACAUAGGCAAUGGUCCCUGUUGAUUUUGAGGUCAGUGGGUCAAAGGUCAUUGUGACUGUUUUACAAAACGGUUUUUCACUCAUAGCACUAAGAAUACUGUGACAUAGGACCUUCAAACUUUGCAGGCACAUUGCUGUUAGACAGUGGAUGACCUAUUAAUGAUUUGAGGUCAUUUGGUUAAGGUCACAGUGCCUGUUAGUUCAAAAGCUGUUUCCAUCAAUACCUUGAAAACUCCUUGACCUACUAAUUUUGCAGGCAAAUUGCCAACUGUUACAGUCACAUUGACUGUAAGUACAAAAUUGGUUUUAGCUACGUAUGCCAACAGCACCUUGAUGCAGGAUCCUCAAACUUUACCUUCACAUUGCUAAUGGGCAGUGAAGACUCAUUUUGAUUUUGAAGUUAUUGAGUCAAAGGUCAAGGUCAUAGUGAAUGUUAGUACAAAACGUUUUUCUGUUCAUUGUCUUGAGACUGCCUUGAGUUACCAUCCUCAGUUGCAGGUGCAUUACCCAUGAGCAGCAGAUGUCUCCUAUUGAUUUUUAGCUCUGUGGGUCAAAGGUCAACAUCACAAAAAAAAUCAAAACACAUUCACAAUGGAUCCCUUUUAAUUUUGAGGUGUCUAGGUUAAAGGUCAUAAUCACCAUUAUGCUAAGUGGUCGGGUUGGCAUAUUAUGUAAUGGUGCUGGUAGUAAGUAUGUUUGUUAGCAAUUUAGUUUCUGCUCAAUAAUUUCAUAAUGCAUUGAUCUGUGAUCCUCAGACUUGACAGGCUCGUUGCUAUUCGCUAAUUUUGUACCUCUCAGUGGUGUUUCUAUAACUGAAGUUUCAUUAUAUUGAAGAAAUAAGUAGAAAAAUAGGUAGCAAAGGAUUAAAGUCAGUUUUUUGCAACAUUUUCAGUUUAGGCAUUUUGUCUUGUAUCAGUGUUCAGACAUUCAUUAUGGACAUACUGCAAGAUUUUCUUUGUUAACAUUUUACCAGAUUUUAAAUUUUCAUGUCGAUAUACAUUUUUUGUAUCUUGAAUAAAACUCUGUUAACAUA